AUAUCAUUUAACUUUGGGGUUUAAGAGAGGUUUUUUGAAGCCUAAGAAACUCACAUAAACAAAAUGUUGGGUCGAAGAUUUAUCUCUUUCUUGCGUCGUAAUCCAUCAACUUCUGAAAAAGUGGUAGCGGAGGAAGGGAAGGCAAAGACAUGGGGACGAAGGAUAGUGUCAGGGGCCUUGAUUUGCUUAACGGGAGGCGUUGCUCUAAGUGCUCUUGAUGAUCUCUCGAUAUAUCAUAGCUGUAGCAGCAAGGCCUUGGAGAAAGCCAGUAAAAAUAAGACGAUUAUAGAUGCUAUCGGGGAGCCCGUUAUUAGAGGCCCUUGGUAUAAUGCAUCACUAGCAGUAGCUCAUCAAAGGCAAUCUGUAUCAUGCACAUUUCCUGUCUCUGGACCACAAGGCACUGGAAUUUUUCAGUUGAAGGCAGUUCGUAAUGGAGAGGACAAAUGGUCAUCAUUUUUACGGCCAAGCGACUGGGAGAUACUCAUUAUGGAAGCUCUCGUCCAUGUCCCCGGGAAUGAAGAGAAGCAGCAAACAUUUCGGAUCAAGGUGUCAGAUGACCUACUUCCAUCAGCUAGUAACGCAUGCACGGAUUGCACAUCUCAGGAAUCAUCCUCUAGUGUGGAGAAGAAAUAACGAAGGUUUAUUCUGCCAUGCCUCAGUGAUUUUUUUUAAUUUUUCCUGAUCAUACAAAUCAUUCACAUGAUAACAAGUUUGUAUUUAGGGCUGUUCCAAGGCACCAAAUUUAUGCUUGCAUGAAAGAGGGAUCUUAUUGAGGCAAUUACCAGAUUAUACUUGUUUAUUAAAUUGCGUAGUCGGGGAUUCUCUUGUAUUUCGAAGCUCUGUGGACAGUAUCAUUGUUUGUAUUUGAUUUACUGGUAUGAGAAUGAAUAAGUUCAUCAUCAAACUGUUGAUUUUGGCAAGGAAAACCUUUUUGUGGAUUUUUACCUGUACUAUAAAUGGUUUCAAUGUUGUUCUCUUGGA